AUGUUGGGCGGUGGUAUUCCAAGCAACGGAAAUAGCCGCGGUGGGAAAGCUGUGGAUAAGGCAGCUAGUGUGGCUCAAGCGGACGUGAAAGGGGCGCUGUGUUGUUGCGGCCCUCAGCCGCGGGUGAUGCAGGCACCACCGCCAACGUAUGCAGAACUUUUUCCGAGUGCGGGCGGCGUACCCGGCCGCGUCGCUUUGGUGCCGUCAAAUUGCGGGGCCGCUGUUGCGCGCCCUGGAGCGGCGCUGGGGGAGUCCACACAAGUGGGAAGGACGGGGGGAGGCGCAUUGGCCUCUCCGCCCCCGCCCCCGCCCCCGUACACCGACGCCAAAGCGUUGCCUCUGCCGCCACGCACCGCCACGGGGCCGCCGAGCAGGAAGGAUGAUGCCAGUAUCGAUGUGAUUCUGCAGCGCCUUUUUCUGCUCCAAGAUGAAAUAAACUCCAUUAAGUGCCGUCUAGGCGGUCAAUCGUUUGUUGCGGCUGCGUCGGAUUUUCUUGGACCGCCUCACCCACCCGUUCUUUCCCCUUCGCCCCCACCGCCGCCGCCGCCUUCUGCUCCCACUCCUCAGAAACCUUUUGGUGUAGAAGAAGGAGACGCAUGGAGGCGAAUUCUGCUUUCGCAGCAGGAACAAAUUGGCUCUCUCAGUGAGGCGCUGUGCCGUGUCCUCAGCACUCUACCAGUGGUGCAAACAACGACACUGGGUCAGGAAAUAAAGGAACCCGAACAAACUGCAAAGGGAGUAAAAAGCGUGCCGGCGGGGGAGAUGAAAGGUCAUACUAACGAGGAGGCGCAUAAUGGUGCCAGGCAGAUGUGUCAGGAUGCCUCAGUUGGCUCGCUCGAGGGAGCCACAGUAGACCUUAUGCAUCUGCUAACGACUUUGUAUAAUCUUCCAGUCUUCUCUUGUGGUUGUUGUCACGAUCAUCUUCACUCUGCAUUUGGUGAGGAACUUGUCGCAGCGACCUUGGGUAUCACCACUCAAGAUUUGCUGGAGAGGUUUGCUUCGUUCCUGGUGCUGCAUCUCAAUGAGAGGUAUGCCAUCGCUGAGUCCAAUAGAGAAGGCCACACAUCAGUCGAUCUCUCUGUUCAACAGAGUGGGGGUCUGACACAGAAGGCGUUGGCCCCGUUACCGCUUCCUGUGAUUCAAUCAGUGUUGGAGCGAACUCAGUUUCCAUCUGAGAUACCAGCGUACCAACUCGCUUUUUAUGCAUGCGACGUGUAUCAUCAGCGUCAUCCAGCGAAAUUAACGACUCUUUCCAGCUUUAAGUCAUUAUCAACUUCAUGUGUUGCGUCAUCAUCUGUAUCGUGCAUCUCUAGCCGUCACUGUGAUGAAGAAGCGGAAAUCUUCUUCCAUGGCGUACGAUUUCUUUGGCUUCCGUUGCACUUCCUAGAGAAGGAGCUUCGGCGUUGCGAGGGGUUGGGACUGGUGACGGAGGCGUGCCACUGUGGCAUCUACUCAGGACUGCUGCUGCGACUUCGACAAGCCAUUCAAGCAAAGCGAUGCCUGAAGGAAUUAAAAACCACACCAGCGCAACCUGUUCCUGCCGCCUUCACUGCUAAGCCAUUUCUUACAGAGUUGAACCGUGUGCGCUCGUCAUAUGAGUUUCUUACCUCCGCGGAAAAGAAGCAACUAGUAGCCGGUAGAAAAAUGGAUUUUAUUCAGUGCUGGCGGCUACAAAAGAGGUGCGAUGCAAGUAUGUAG